CUUUGGAUGGUGAUGUCAUUAGUAGGGCAUGUUGCUGAGUUCGGUUUGUUUAAAGCAGUUAGCUAACGUUAGCUAGUUACUUUUACCCCAUAUCUCUUUUUCGUGCCUGAAUUUUCACUGGUUGGCUAAGGAUCUCACUUCUGUGACAUGGGGAUUCUCGAGAAGAUAGCCGAGAUUGAGAGAGAAAUCUCUCGGACACAGAAGAAUAAAGCAACUGAGUACCAUCUCGGUUUGCUGAAAGCCAAGCUAGCCAAGUACAGAGCCCAACUUUUAGAGCCCUCAAAAUCAGCUGGAGCCAAAGGUGAAGGCUUUGAUGUUAUGAAAUCAGGAGAUGCAAGGGUUGCUCUAAUUGGCUUUCCAUCAGUUGGAAAGUCUACCUUUCUCAGCUUAAUGACCUCAACAGAAAGUGAAGCAGCUUCAUAUGAGUUCACCACAUUGACCUGUAUCCCAGGAGUAAUUGAGUACAAAGGGGCCAACAUUCAACUAUUGGAUUUGCCUGGAAUCAUUGAAGGAGCAGCUCAAGGGAAGGGCAGAGGUAGGCAGGUGAUAGCUGUUGCCCGAACUGCAGAUGUGGUCAUUAUGAUGCUGGAUGCAACCAAAGGAGAUGUUCAAAGGGAACUUCUGGAAAAGGAACUUGAAUCUGUUGGGAUCAGGCUCAACCGGUUCAAACCUAAUAUUUAUUUCAAGGCUAAAAAAGGUGGUGGCCUCUCCUUUAAUUCAACGGUCCCUGUGACACAUUGUUCUGAGAAGCUUGUUCAGCUUAUUCUUCAUGAAUAUAAAAUCUUCAAUGCUGAGGUAUUGUUUAGAGAGGACUGCACACCAGAUGAAUUUAUUGAUGUUAUUGUGGGAAAUAGAGUGUACAUGCCUUGCUUGUAUGUGUACAACAAAGUGGACCAAAUCUCAAUAGAGGAAGUAGACCGUCUUGCCCGUCAACCCAAUAGUGUGGUUAUCAGCUGUGGCAUGAAGCUGAACCUAGACUACCUCCUGGAACAGCUGUGGGAAUACCUGGCUCUGAUCUGCCUGUACACAAAGAAGAGAGGAGAACGACCAGAUUUCAGUGACCCAAUCAUCAUGAGAAAAGGAGCAACAGUAGAACAUGUGUGCCACAGAAUUCACAGAACAUUAGCCAGCCAGUUCAAGUAUGCACUUGUUUGGGGAACAAGUACAAAGUACAGCCCUCAGCGAGUAGGACUGACUCAUGUUAUGGAACAUGAAGAUGUCAUUCAGAUUGUGAAAAAAUAAACUAAUGGCUUUAGCCACUGCACAGUUGCAUAGGACUCUCCAUCCAAUUCACAACCUUUUCAGCUUCCUAAAUACAUAUUUGCAUUAUCAGGAUGCUAUUGAAACUUUACCAAGGUUUUGCAAAAUAAAUGUAAAAAGAUAUGUUUUUUUUGUAGGAAUUUAGAAUCCAUGUAAAAUGGUAUUAAAAAAAAAUCCUUGAUUAUCUCUUCACCAUUAUGAAAAAGCAUACUGAUACUUACAAAUUGAAUCAAGCAUGUAUUUGCUUAGUGGUGGGAUUUAACAGUUUACAGAUCACUAUUCCUUAAACACUUGUUUAAAUUGAAAGCAAUAAAAUAUGAGUUUAAAGUUUUAGAAACUUGUAGUGAGAUCUU